UUACCAGAGAAGGCAAAAUCUGUAACAACCGUUGUGUCUAUGAGAAUAAUCUAGCUGUUUUAAAGUUAUAUAACUGUUUAGUCUGAGCCUGAAUUAGAUGUAGUAAGUUAUGUGUAAUGACCUGUCACCUGUGAGUGUGACAACUGUGGGCUGUGUUCUACUGGUUUAUGCUACGCAAAGCAAAGUUUCUGCUAGUCGCCAACAUUGUCAGCUGGCAAGGAGUCGCAGGUUUAUUUUACAUGGGAGAAAUGUCAUCCAAAACAGCUAUGGUUUCAUCAGGUGCAGCUUUACCUGGUCGCUCUGAAAAAAUCGGAGUCAGUCCAGUACACACUGUACUGAAGAACCCAACAGUGCCACCCUUCCCUGGACACUUGGAUACAGCUAUGUUUGGUCUAGGCUGUUUUUGGGGCGCUGAAAGAUUGUUCUGGAAGCAGAAGGGGGUAUUUUCUACACAGGUUGGCUAUUCCGGUGGCUUUACUCCGAAUCCAACCUACAAGGAAGUUUGUACCGGACAAACUGGUCACACAGAAGUUGUAAGAGUAAUAUUUGAUCCAAAGAGCAUCACUUACUCUGACCUACUGAAGCUGUUUUGGGAAAACCACAAUCCUACUCAGGGCUUUCGCCAAGGCAAUGAUGUUGGUACACAAUACAUAUCUGCCAUCUAUACUUACGGUGAGAAUCAGCAGACUGAGGCUACUCAGUCCAAAGACAGAUAUCAACAAGAAUUGACCAAGUCAGGCUUUGGGACAAUCACUACUGAGAUAACUCCAGCCAAAGAGUUUUAUUAUGCAGAGGACUAUCACCAGCAGUACUUAGACAAAAACAAAGAUGGUUAUUGUGGUCUGGGGGGGACAGGAGUUGCAUGUCCUAGAGGAUUAAAGACAGCUAAAUAGAAUGAGCUUUAAAAUGUAUUCUUAAUUAUAGUGAUGCUAGGAAAAAGUCAUUUCUAAAUUAUAUUUAUCCUAUUAAUAAUUUUCAAAAAAUAUAUUGAUGCUCUGAAAAUGUUAAUUCUAAAUUAUAUUGAACAUAUUAAUAAUUUUCUAAAAUUAUAUUCAUGCUAUAAAAAAAUGUCAUUUCUGAAUUAUAUACACAUUAUUAUAUGUAUGUUCUUUUAAGGGAAAAAAAAUCAGUAUUGUAGAAUGUUAAUCAGACUCACAUUUGUGUAAGACUAACGCACACUAGUUAUAGAUUUUUUUUCAGUAACAUAUAUAUUUGUUAUUGUCAAAAGUGUGCUGGGAUUAAUGCUUCAAUUUUUAUUGUGUUAUACUUUAGAGACACUGGUUGCUCUAGUCUUUGAAUUAAAAUGUAUUUAAAUCAGA